CCCCUUGGCACCUCCCUCCACCAUCCCCACCUGUCAAACCGCACUGGGUUAGCCUCAACCGCCAACUAUGGCUCCCAUGACAACCGCGGCCCCUUCAAUCGACCACUUGUUGAAUCCGUCUUGAAGAGACGCUUCUUUUUCACCGAGUCAUUUGUAAUCUAUCGACUCUCCGCCAACCUCAAGGGCGAUAAUCGCUGACUGUUCGCCUAUGGCCCCCCAGGAUGCGCCCUCCAGGCCAACAUCGUCGAUUGGCGGAAACAUUUCGUCAUGGAGGAGAAUAUGCUCGAGUUGGACUGCACGGUGAUUACGCCGGAGUUGGUCCUCAAGACGAGCGGACAUGUGGACAAGUUUGCGGAUUGGAUGUGCAAGGAGAGUGCCUACGAUUUGACUGUCCACUCGGCCUACACUGGGUCCCCUUUGAUCGUCAAAGAGGCUCUCUCAGAGCCAGUUAAGGUGGAGGAGUGGCAGGCUACCCUUGACAAGAAGCUCAUCGGCCCGCGGUUCAAGAAGGAUGCCAAGGUCAUCCAGAGUGCAGUGGAAGCUCUGGAUCAGCCUACUCUGGAGCGUCUGGCUUCAGAGAUUGCGGAGAAGGGUAUUGUGUCUAUCGACACUCCGGCGCUUGGUGAUGGACGGACAUCUGUGGAGUUGUCGAAGGAACUCUUGGCCAUCGCCAAGGUUACCCGCGUCCAGAACACACGGGUGUACACCCCCAACGUUAUUGAGCCGUCAUUUGGCAUUGGGAGAAUCCUCUAUUGUGUCUUGAAACAGACGUAUUGGCAUAAGCCUGGUGAUGAGGCCCGCGCAGUCUUGUCUCUUCCCUUUGGGGUAGCCCCCAACAAGGUUCUCAUCGUCCCCCUCUUCGCCCAGCCUUAGUUCACGCCCCUCGUGCACAAGUUAUCCGCCCGCCUUUGUUCUCUGGGGAUUUCCAACAUUGCGGACUCGUCGAGUGCCUCUAUUGGCAAGAGAUAUGCCCGGAAUGACGAAUUGGGCACGCCCCUCGGUAUCACGAUCGACUUGACACCGUGAAGGAUGGGUUGGUAACAUUGAGGGACAGGGACUCGACAUCUCAAGUCAGGGCUUCGGAGGACGGGGUCGUUCAGGCUAUCAAGAAUAUGGCGAACGGCCUGGAGACUUGGGAGGAGGUUUCGAAGAGGCUGCCGGCAUUUGUUGGUCAGGCGGAGUAGACAACUCUUGGGGAAUGUCUUGAGGGGCGGGUCAAAGUGGUAGACUGGGUGGCGUAAGCCUCUAGAUAGCAUUGAGUUUGAGAUCUACAAUACAGUGACUCUUCAA